AUGAAUAAUCCAUUACAAUUGGACACCAUAGAAUCAAAUCUGUACCUAAUCUACAAGAAUCCGUUCAAGAUGACCCAGUACCUUCAGUUAAAAUGGAAUCCAAUAUACUCGUCAAAAGAGCGCGGAACUCUUUUAAAUAUAAGCAUCAAAAUAUUACUUACCUUGGUCUUGCCUGCCUCUUCACCCGCCGCACCUCCACUAUCGCCAGUUCCGUCUCCUUCAUCACCAUUUUCCCCGCCCACCAGUAGCUCCACCUCUUUGGGCGUGGUCGCGUCGAACCGGACGCCGCGAUUGGAUGUGUACCGUGCUACGGUAGGACUUUCUGAAGAAGUGGGGGCGAUCAGGCGGGAAGCGGCAGCCGAUACGUUCGGUUGUUGGUGGUUCACGGCACGUUUCAGGCACCUGGAAUGCAAGCCAUAA